UCUAUAGCAUGGCUAAAAUAUAUAUGGUUUGCUAUUCCGAACGACGAAAUCUCGUCCUGUUGGCGUCGAUACCGCAUGACGUCACGUAACCUUGCAAACACCCGUUUUCUGACAGAUCUGUGAUGCUUGUCAAGUUAAUCUGUCAUGUGAGUUAGGUUAAAAUGUGUUGCCAUUUGUGUUGCAAACAACAAUUUCCUCACUUUUCAUUAUAUUUUAUGAUGCCUUACGAUGAAAAUGUUAAUUAAUCAUGUACAUGUGAAAUUAUUUUAUUUAUUGAGUACGUGCCGAACGGGAAUACGAUACAAUAUAUUCACGUUCACAUGUGAAGUGCGGAAGUUGUUCCUGCUUUAUUUGUAAAAUACGCGUACAGUUUAUUAAAAGAUAAGUUGAAAUAAUUGUGAGUCGUUCAUGAUACUCCUUUCCACACCACCUACGAGGUAGAGUAACGGCGCGUUUUUUUUUUUUGUUUAUAGUGGUAUCCCCAGGAGGCCUAAUCCACUAUGAAAGCUCAACAUAAUACUACAUUACUGUAUGCGAUAAAACAAUUGGGAACUGUACUUGUAUACUGCUCCAAUAAAUUCGACAAGUCAACAGCUCUGGAGCAUAAGUGUAAAUUAAUGAUUUCCAUUGCACCAAAAAUUCAUGAGUUGUAAUGAGAAAUAUUACAUCAUCAACCCAGAAGUUGAAGUGUAUGGAUAACCAUGGCUUUAAAAAAACACUAGAAAACUUUCAAAGAUACUAAUAUAAAUGGGAACAAGAAAUAAAAUUCAAACAAGUGACAUAUCAACAAAUAGUAGUUCAUGACCAAUAGUGAACAUCUCCAUGCAAGUCGUUGAAAAAUGAUUUUUUGUUCAUUUCUCUUAUCCGAAUGAAUGUCCUUGUUCGGACCAAGCACAGCAAGACUUCUUCUGGAAUUUGGAUACUAUUUGAAUAAUGUUUCCAGCAAUUUCGCUGUAUUUAACAAAUCUGAACAAGGCAUCAAUAGUUUCCCGUUUGAAAGAAAUUGAAUCCAGUCACAGUCGUCUUUACUUGUAUCAGUCAAGUUUUCUGUAGGGGUACCAAGACCUGGAUAUUUUAGUCGGAAGCGAUGAGCUACAGACCCAGCCACAUAUUUAUGUGCCGCUAAAGUUAGAUGACUGUCUGGUAAUUGAACUCUUACUUCACUGGAGUCAUCUAAAAUUUCUAACUUGGCUAUAUCACCUUCCUCGUUUUCAUUUGAUGGUGCAUUAUAAAUACACUGCGUAUUUAUAAUCGAUGAAAACAGAGAUUCCGUUAAACAUAUCUCUUCGUCAUCAUCAUCUGCUCGGGUGCAUCAAAGUUAUAAUACACGGGCUGCUUCCAAGAGGAAAAUAGACCCCGACACAUCAUGACCUGUACCGUCUUAUGAGGCCCAAACACUUGUUCCAGUGAUCUAUCAAGACAGAUUUCAUCUUUAAUGAACAUCUCAUCGAAUGACAGGACAGUUAAACGUUCCAUUUCUGAUAAAGUUUUCGCCUUCUCUUUCAUUAAAUAUAACACAGAGUGUAGAAGCCCAGUAUUAAUUAUGAAAGAUGACGCCCAUUUUCUUAGAGUACUCAAUCCUGGUAGGGGCCAGUGGCAUUGUGUUCUUAAAUACCUGUAUGCUUUAGGGCUAACGCUACGCAAUGAAAUGGCCGCAGAGAUAUCAUUAGUUGUCCACUUAACUCUUUUCCCAGUAAUGAGGGCUUUGAUUUGACUUUUUGUGAAAAUCUUAGAUACAGCCUCGCUCACUUUAGCAUCAUAAUUUUUUUGUUUAACCUGUUGUUUUAAUAAAGCAUUCUCAGCUUCAGUUGCUUUAUUUUUUUCUUGCAACUGAAGCAGUUGCCCUUCUACUUUUUUAUAUUUUUCUUCCCAAUUUUCAUCACACUCUACCAGAGGCCUGACAUCAUCCCCAAAUAUGUUUUUUCUACAGUGUUUAAUAAGCGUACUAUUUUUGCUUGGACUCUGUAGCUUUUUUGGGGAUGGUGUUUCCAAAAUAGUGCCUACCUGAGUAGAACCUUUUUUACUGGGUGUAGUGCUUACACUUGUCGGCCUACGUUCUGUUGGAAGGGCAUCAGACUUCAAUCUUCUCCUGUUCUUAGGGCUGUAUUCCAACAGUUUGUGUUGCAUUGACUUCGACAAACUUUCUGCAGCAAAAUGCACAGAGCAUAUACGCGCUGAAAAUAACACUGCUAGAGAUGUUGUCAUCAAGGUAUAUGUAUUGUUGCUACCAGUUUUGGCAUUUACUGUAUCUUGUCUAUUACAGAACGAUACCCAUUCUUGACAAAGGUUUUGAUCCUUCGGGAACCUAAAAAAGUGUACAUUCGCAUCCUCCUUUUUCCUUUGGCUGUUCGAGCAGCCAAACACUGCACAGUGCACCAUUUUUAUUGUUCACUGUUAACCUUAACACCAGGAUAUUACAACACGUUUACGUUUCUAAAUAAAGUCAGUUCUGUUUGUUCACAAUUUGAGUCAUCUGUAUUAGGCACAAUAGUAAAGUUGCACUUUGUAAUCCUUUCCUUGCACGUUGCCGGUUUCUGACUGUUUGAUUCAGAAUUUACUCAUGGUAUGUUAUUUGUGUAUUAAAACAAGGUAUAUGAUUAUUGGGUAAUAAAGAAUUAAAAAUUAAGUGAAUAGUAUUUAUUGCAAACAAGUAAAUAGUGAUAUUACAUGAAUAUACCAUACAUCACAAAAUUUAAAUUUGGCGGUGGACGGCGAUACCGCUUGACGUCACAACGAAAUGCGCAAUAGCAUACCUUAUAUUAUUGUACCAUGAUCUAUAGGAGGUGUUGACGCAUGCAUGUGUUCCCAGUUUGGACGGUGACAGUGCGAAUGCCACAUGUGCGAAGAGUGGAGACAUGAAAAAUGUUUGGAAUUGGUGGAUAUUUACGAAAAAUAUCCGCGAAACAUCCACAAUAUUUUUCCAAAAAGAAAAAACAUGACGCUUGGGUGGAAAUUGCGACAGAAUCGGAUAUGGAGUUGCAAGAGGUGAAAAGCAAAAUGAAUAGCUUGCUGGGUUCCUUCAGAAGCCAGAAAAGCAAAGGAAAAAAAAACAGUAGGUAGUGUAAAAGGACGCCAGGAAGUAUAUGUGUCGAAAUGGUUUGCUUUGCAGAGAAUGAUGUUUUUACUUGACAAAGAUGAAAGUCUGCCCACUGUCGACACUGAAACUCUGGAUGAAGUUGACGACUCGCAGAUUGAAGCCGGUACGUCUCAAGAGGACUAUGGAGAGGACACACCAAGUGAACCAACAGAAAAUGGUCCAGAAGAUGUGCCUGUUCUUUCCACGGAAAAUGUGAAGUCUCCACGUGGAAGACCACCUAAGCCUAAAAAAAUGAAACACGAUAAAGGCGACACGCAGCUGAACGAGGCAUUGCAACUGCUGAAAGAUACUCAUAAUCGGUACACUAUGUCGCAAUCGCAGUUACCAGCAGAUAGGUUUAAUAUUUUUUCUCCACACGUAGCAGCGAAAUUGAGAACAUACACUCCCAGAACACAGGUGUAUGUAGAACAUGCAAUUAAUAAUAUCCUGUUUGAAGCGGACAUAGGAUAUUACGAUACUCCGGCCACCAAUCCUUCGUUAGCUACUGGUACUCGGUCCAGCUCUUCGACUAGCAGUGUCCCACUACUGUCACCCCAAUCGCAAUAUGUGUCUGAUACCUGUAUGCUUAGUCCGCAGUCAUUAAAUCAUAACACCACCAAUACGGUUGCCGAUGGAAAUUUGUAUCACUAAUAUAUAGUUACUUUUACACAAUUUAUAAAUGUUUUAUUAAAGUAA